CGCACGGUAUCCCGCCCCCUUACAACACCCCCAGCAUACAAAAUGACUUAACGUCUUUGCUUUGGUUGUUUUGCUGUGUUGUAACGUCGGACUUCAAGUUCACUGGAGAGAUAUAGGGGUUAAAAUCAGAGUAGUUCGUGGUUGAAGGCUUAAUUUCUUUUUUGCCUAGUCUCUAGGCCAGUGUAAUAUCAGCUACUUGGUCUGGGUUUCAGGUUCGAUUUCUCGUUAAGUUUCUACCCGAUAGGGAAACUAAAGUGACAUUUAGCUUCCUUUUACGUUAUUUCAUUCGUCCUAAACAGCAAUGGCAUUGCCGGAUUUUAAUUUCUUGCUUGCGACGGAUUCUUACAAGAUCACACACUACAAACAAUAUCCUCCAAAUGUCAACAAAAUCUACUCCUACUUUGAAUGCCGAUGCAGGAAAGGUUCCCAGUUUAGUGAAGUGGUGUUCUUUGGUCUUCAGUAUCUGCUGAAAAAAUACCUCACAGGCCCAGUGGUCACAGAAGGGAAGAUUCAGGAAGCUAAGCUCUUCUACCAGAUGCACUUCAAAGAGGCAGUGUUUGACGAAGAAGGAUGGAGGAAAGUCCUUGAGAAACAUGAUGGCCGUCUUCCUAUCCGGAUUAAAGCUGUCCCUGAGGGCAGGAUUAUACCGAGAGGCAACGUUCUCUUCACUGUAGAAAACACAGAUCCAAACUUCUACUGGCUCACCAACUACAUUGAGACCAUGCUGGUCCAGAUGUGGUACCCCAUCACAGUAGCAACCAUAUCCAGGGAGUUUAAGAAGACCCUGGCCAAGCAUCUGAAGGCCACCUCAGGAAGCCUGGAAGGCCUAGAUCUGAAACUGCAUGACUUUGGCUACAGAGGAGUCUCCUCACAGGAGUCUGCGGCAUUAGGUGGAGCAGCUCACCUGGUUAAUUUCUGCAGUACAGACACAGUAGCUGGUCUGGUGAUGGCUCAGCGAUACUAUAGCUGCCCCAUGGCUGGCUUCUCCAUACCAGCAGCAGAGCACAGUACCAUCAUUUCCUGGGGGAGGAGCAGGGAGAAGGAGGCAUUUGAGCGGGUCCUGGACCAGUUCUCCACAGGUCCCGUAUCAGUGGUCAGUGACAGCUAUGAUAUCUUUAAUGCCUGUAAACACAUCUGGGGAGACAAACUGAAGAAGCGAGUCAUGGAGCGCAGCCAGGACUCCUGUCUGGUCAUCCGGCCGGACUCUGGAGAUCCUGCAGAGACUCUUAUUGAGGUCAUAAAGAUUUUGGAGGAGUGUUUUGGCUGUUCUCUGAACUCUGCAGGAUACAAGGUGCUGCCUUCUUAUCUACGAAUUAUUCAAGGAGAUGGUAUUGACCUCAGCUCAGUGGAUGAGAUUCUUCAGAAGCUGAGUGAUGAAGGCUGGAGUGCUGAGAAUGUCUUCUUUGGCUGUGGCAGCGCUUUGCUUCAGAAACUCAAUAGAGAUACACUCAGCUGUGCCUUCAAGUGCAGUUAUGUGGAAACUAAUGGCAAGGGGAUGGAUGUGUACAAGCAGCCAGUGACCGACCCAUCCAAGGGGUCAAAGAGGGGCCGAUUAUCACUGAGGAGAAACUCUGAUGGUUUCUUAGAGACAAUAGAGAGAGGAGCAGGCAAGCCUGAGGAGGACCUGCUGGUGACUGUUUUUGAGAAUGGUAGCCUGGUGCAGGAGUACUCCCUGGAGGAAAUCAGGAAGAAUGCUCGCCUGCAAGAGGAAGAGCUGAACCCCACCCUACACAACCACGAACAAGAGCUGCUGCACAAUCACAUCAUCAACGGGAUUCAUUAGAUAACCACAAAGCUUCUCAUCCUGCCUGCGAUGAUUCAGUGUUUCACAGUGUGCACUGGAAUGAAGACUGCAAUAUUUUAGAAAGGCACCCAUCUACAUAUAAACUGAACAUGUUGGAGGGGAAUCAACAGUUUUUUCUCAUUAACAAGUCACCACCAGCACUUCUACCUCCACCCCACAUUACCACCACACCAUCCUGAGAAGCCAGUGUUUGGGGGUAGAUUAGCUUCUUUCACUUUCUCUUCUGGCCAAACACUCAGCCAGCCCACAGUACACUGUCCCUCUCCAUUGUCAUGGCCAUGACCAGAAGUAAAGCUCAGGGUCAAACAUGAUAAGCUAAGUUAGUUUUUAGUCUUUCAGUUUUUUAAUUUAAAGAGACACUUUCUGAAUAUGGGGUUGCUGCUGACUACUAGAACAAAAUUGGAGAGUUUUUCUUUAAAGCUAUUUUCAUUGCUAGUAAUGCAGUAUCUGUGCAGUUUCAGGCCAAAAAUGGCAAACUUCCAAAUAUUCAGAGCUUCCAUUAGAUUUCUGUUUUCUUAGCAUUCGUAUUAGAGUAACAGUUUGAAGCUGCAUUUUACACACAAAAUUGUAUUUGUAUUAUACCAAAAUACAAAUAGCAACAGUGUUAUUGAUUAUUGUAAUAAUGCUACAUCAUCAGGUUUUGGUUGUGCUGAAUGCUUGAUACAUAAUAUCUAAUUUAAAUCAGUGUCAGUCAGUGUCAGCUCCAUAGCCUUAUUGACUGCCAUAGGUUUGUUUUUCACAAUCAGAUUCAUAGUUACAAUACAGCCUUUAACAAAAAUUAGACACCAGGUUUCAGAUAUGAAGGAAACUGAAACCAUGUACAGUAUAUGCAUUUAGAUAUCACAACACUGACAUGGUACAAAAUUAUUAAAAUAGAUAAAGCUGUGCUGCCACAGUUGGGAAAAGAGCCUUAAUCAGUGAACCCAUACUUGUUUUUAUUCAUAAUUUGGUCCACUAAGCACACACUAUGCAGCUCCGAAGUAUUUGUUUAUUUUAUGAUGCAUUUUUAACUGAUGAAAUACUAAAGCAUCAGCAGCAUCAGCAAUCAGAGUGUAAACCACUGCCAAGGCAUCUUAGCUUUCCCAGAAUAUUAUUACACCUAAAAGCAAUAUUCCCAUGACAGUUUGCCCCUCAUAAUGUGCUUUCUGGACCAUGAAACUACUACUAGCACUUGGCAUCAGAUUGAUGUCAUAAUUAGUUUGAAAGUUAUCCAAGAAAAUCAGUAUUUCACUAAUGGCCAUUUAACUUCUGGAUGUAGCUCAGUAACUUCUGAAGAUAAGGAUUGUUCAUGGGCCAUACCCUACCUCUCCAAAAAUGUUAUUAAAAUUCAUUCAUAGCUUUUUGAGUUAUGCUGUGAACAGACCAACAAAUGCCAGUGAAUACAUAACCUCCUUGGUGGAGGUUAAUUAUUUAUCUGACACAGUAGCCUAUAUUAAGAAAUAUGGUCAGCAGGGCUCCAGACUGCAAGUGAUCAGUCACACUUUGCAAUCCAAUUUAUUUGAGGUGCAACUGCCUCUUUUCAAAGAUCGCACUGGGUACCAUCUGCUAAAUAAACGGGUUAUACAGUACAUGAGCAACUGUCCUAACAUCACUGUAGAAAUGCUGGACAGACAGACAUACCUGUGGCAAACAAACUAUCUCCAUAAUAUUGUCAUUGCAGCAUUUGUCUACGGAUCUUUGAUCCACACUGACUGAGAAAC